AGAGUCAAGUCUCCUCCCUCACGAUCGGGUAGGAUCGGGUGGAUGAGUUGGUAGAUGGCGUCACUGGAGCUCCAUGGAUGUGUCACUCGAUGGUCCAAUUUCUCAUAGCCAAAUAUUUGUCUAAUUUCAUGCGCAAUUGCUAAGCAAGGAGUAUGACCAGCAACGACUGCAACUUGAAGUAAAUUAACCGCUGUAUAGUAGGACGAUCCACUUCUUGGGGGUUUAUUUCAUUGUGAUCCUCUUGCGUGAAGAUGUUCUCCUUAAUGGGCAACAUGUCCCUGGUUGCAUUGGUAUUAGCAAUGCUCACCAUCGUCCUCGCUACUACCCCGGUGGGGGCCAAUGAGGAUUGCCUAUGGUACGUGGACAAGAACGGCACCUGGCACAACGGCUUUGACUGCCCCCUGAUCACCUUCUGCUGUGGGAACUGCAACCGGCGCUACUGCUGCCUGGAUGCCUUCAAGAUGAUCACGGAGAGGGAGCAGAAACGCUGCAUGCUCUUCCAGUUCAGCCCCAACACCAUAUUUGGGAUCGCCUCGUCCAUCCUGCUGUUUGUAGCCAUCAUCGCCACCAUGGUGUGCUGCUUCAUGUGCUCCUGCUGCUACCUCUACCAGCGCCGGCAGCAGAGAGGUCGGACGCCGUACGACGCCCAGCACAUUCCCAUGGCCAGCUAUCCCGCCGAGCGCAUGUAUGACGCGUAUGGAAAGCCGCUGGGACCCUCCGACUACCCCCAUCCGGGUUACGCAGCUGCACCCCAGUACCCCGGCAUGCCCCCGCAGUACCCCAUGAUGCAGCCAGGCCCCUACCCCCCGUACCCCAUGAUGGACCCCACCUACGGUCAGGCUCCUCCACCUUACUCUCCACCACAGUACCCUGGUCAUGUAUAAACACACACACACACACACACACACACACACACACACACACACACACACACACACACACACACACACACACACACACACACACACACACACACACACACACACAAACACAAACACACAGCAUGGGCAGUGACUGUUCCAGAGGAUAAAACACACACAGCUUGACUAGCAGCAGUUUGAAGAUAACCAGGGGAAGUUCUUUUGGUCAUUUUCCUAGUAGCCCCGUCCUGGUGUGUUUGAGUCUUGUGAUCCUUAAGUGACAAGUUAGCAGCAGAAACGAGCAGCCUCAGAACAGACCAGACUGUGGGACUAGGCCUUCUGAAUGAAGGUAGCAAAACAACACCCUAUUUUGGUGAGGUUUUUUAAUUUAAACUGUUGAAAUUCAACAAAUAAUGCUUGACCUUCUUGCCCUGGUUGAACACAUUUGAUAUGAUGGCUGCCAAAGGUCACAUUUCAUCACUAAUCAGCGAUUUCUUAGCUAGCAUAUUUAUUCAUGAGAAAUGUGGAUCGCUGAAGGGAAUGCAAGGCACACUAACAUAAGGAAUGUUCUAUACUCUAUUUAUUGUUUUUUUUCUAUGACACUCCUAAUUUGGAUGGGAAACGGUUUGUCAGACGGUUCACUUCAGUUCAGACAAGAUGAAAAUGUACUCGGCAGCUGAAUUUCACCCCGUCUUCCAUAUGAACUUUGACAGUUAGCCUGGUUGUAGCCUAUUAUGUUCAUCUGUCUAAUCGUUUUCAAACCUCAUUGUGCAUGUUAGCUGGAAGAUAAAUAACAUUCUAGCCAUAAUCAUUAACAACCAGUUAUUGCCAUAAUUGUCAUUACAAUGAAAUGGGAUGUUCAUUUUGAAAGACACUUUAUUGUGUGAAUCCGUUAAAUCAGUGUAUUUGUUGUACCAUGUCAGUGAAGUCGCAGGUGAUGCUACUUGAUUAAAAUACACACAUGAUAUCUUGCCUUACACGACCAUAUCAAAAUAAAGAUAAAAAGGUUUAUUAACUUUUUCCAUGCAAUUUAGUUAAUCAAACCACUUCAUAUUUGAUUAUAUUGUAACACGCGUCUAAAAGGCUCUCAACAGUGUAACAUGAGGAAGUGUAUAUUUAUGAUGAGGUUGUACAUUUGGUUGACUAUUGUAUUAUAUUAGUUAUUCUCAUCUUACUGUCAACCGAUUCCUCUUCUACAAACUCAUAAAUAAUGGCGAACCUCCCCCCUCCACACAUACACACACAUACAUACACCCUCAUAUAUUUGAUUAACUAUGGUUAAAGAUGGUAUAGAUACAGUUCAAGGUGGUCAGUUCACACACAGCAGCAGCAGUUUCCCCAACUCGCUCCCAGAGGUGAUCUUUGUUAACAUCCCUUUUGCUCCGGUGUUGUGGAUCCCUUGUAAAUGCUUGAAUGUUAAACAUGAUGUUCUAAGCAUGUGUUGUACAGUUAUUAAUGAAAUAUGUAUAGCCCUCCAUGAGAAUAUAACUGGAUUAUGUUUAUUCAGGCCCCAAGUAUUGAAUACGGCUAUUGUUGUUUGCAUCAAAGGGCAAAUAUGGUACAUGUUCGAAAGAGAUAACCUUUUCUCAAUGUAUUUAAUUAAUUUGUAGACCAGUAUAAAGUAAAGGCCAAUUGCAAAUAAUUAAAUAAAGUUCAAGGAUGCUUCCCUUGAGAGCUAUUAAAGUGUAUUGUCUCAGGACAAAUGUGAAUGAGAUGGAAAUUGUGUUGUUCAUAUGUAUAUAUUUAUAGGCCGUUGUAAAGCACAAAGAUUCCACUGGACUUUACUUUUUAAGAUGCUGGUAAAGAUUGACAUCAAUUUGCUUAAA